AUGAAAGCUCAUAAUUUGGCCAGAGGUGCUCAAAAUGUUGCAACAGAGACAAGACAAAAUGGAAGAGUUGGGCCUUGCCUGCAGUCAAGUGCACCCAAUCGUUGGAAUUAUAGUUUGUCCAUUCCCAUACAAGCGACCUUCCGUCUCGUUGGUACCGUGUUUGGUUCGAUGGGAGCCUCGGGUCUCAUAAGCAACAAACUGUGCCCAUCUGCUCCAUCGAGUCCUGAAGCAUCGGGGAACACGGAGUGCCUCUACUCAACCAAGUUGGGCUGGAACAGAGCCAUAGAGACGCACUGA